AUGUCUGCGUCAUCGUCCUCGUCUCCAACUCCCGGCUCAAGCACACAAAGUUCGCGCCCAUCCCUCGAGAAUGGCAACGAGCCGAACAGUGUGGUCAUUAAAGUCGGAAUGUUGGGCGAUUCGCAGAUCGGAAAGACGAGUCUCAUGGUGAAAUACGUCGAGGGGCACUUUGAUGAGGAUUACAUUCAAACACUGGGCGUUAAUUUCAUGGAGAAGACAAUCACAGUGCGUCGCACAUCAAUCACGUUCUCGCUGUGGGAUUUGGGCGGGCAACGGGAGUUCGUGAACAUGCUUCCGCUAGUUUGCAACGAUGCCGUUGCCAUCCUAUUCAUGUUUGACCUCUCACGGAAGUCGACACUCAACUCUGUCAAGGAGUGGUAUCGACAAGCGCGUGGUUUCAAUAAGACGGCAAUUCCAUUCCUGAUUGGCACCAAAUUCGACACCUUCUCAGCAUUCCCUCGAGAUGAACAAGAAGAAAUCACAAAGCAGGCGAAGCGCUUCGCGAAGGCGAUGCACGCGUCGCUCAUCUUCUGCUCAACGUCAGCGUCGAUCAACGUGCAGAAGAUCUUCAAGAUCGUGCUCGCGAAGGCCUUCGACCUGAAAUGCGUCAUACCCGAGAUCGACGGCGUCGGAGAGCCAGUGCUUAUGUAUGUCGACGUAUAG